AUGUUUAAUUUUUAUAAAUUUAAGUUCUGUAAAUUCCGAGUUAAUGAUGCUUGUUCUGUAGAUGUUGGCAUAGAUAAACAUUUAAGUGUUCCGUUAAUUGAAAAACAUCAAAAGUUAAUGGAUAUUCAUCAAGUAACAUUGAACAAUGAACAUACGAAAACAAUAUUUUCGAUACCAUUGAUCAUUUCAUACAGAAAAAACAACAAUUUUACACAAAUUGUAAUCAUACAUGGGAAAUUAUCAAACAAAAUGUGA